GGAGAUGGGGGGAAUCAUGAAGGGAAUCCGAGAGGAAGUGGGGGUUGUGGUAAAGUUUCCAUGGAAGGGAGGCAUCGGCGGCCAUUACUGUGAUGACGGAUGGGGUCCGAUCUGAGGAGAAAGAAGAGAAGAGGAGAGAGAGAAAGAAGAGACGGGAUUUUGGAUGCCAAAGUGUGAGAUUCGUUUGUUUGGCCUGUUAAGAAAAAUGUUUAGCUCGAGUCACAGGAGCAUUGGAGGAAGAGAGAGAAUGCAUGGAAAGUGGAGUUAGGACCACAGCAACAUGAGAAAGGCAGAGAUAGCACAGUUUCUGAGGAUGAUUCGGAGAUGGUGGCUUCAGCCCGCCUGCCUGUGCGCGCGUGCGAGGUGGGAAGCCCAGCAGCCCAUAGAAACUGGGCUCAGUUCAAAAUUCAGUACGCUUGGCCCAAGUUCCAAAACCUCAGAAGCCUAAACCCUAGCGGAGAGAGGCAGAGAGCAGCGUCGAUCCUCCCUUCUCUCAUUCUCCUGCAGGCGGCCAUGACUUUCUCCAUUACCCUCCGCCGUGUUACUGGUGUUGCAGCGCGAGCUGCUCAGGGAUUUUGCUUUCAGAAUCGCCGGAGCUACCAUUUGGCUUUCCUUCCCCCACUUCUCCAGAAAGGAAUCCUUUCGCGAGUGGAAUCCAGGGAGCUUCUCACCUCUUUUUCUCUCGCUCGCUUCUCUUCUUCUAUUCAAAAGAAGCCGGCGGCGGAUGUUGAGCUUCUCCGGAUCGUGGAGUCGGAGAUUGGGUGUGCCAAGGAUGAGUGUGCAGAGGUGGGAGAAGUUCCAGAAGGGUUUCCUUUUGAAAUCCAAGAUGAGGAGGGGACCAAUGUCAUUACUCUUAGGAGAGACUACCAUGGCGAGAAUAUCGAGGUUGUAGUUUCCAUGCCAACUGUGGAAGAUACUGAAGACGAUGAAGAGGGUGUUGAUGAGGAAAAUCAGGGCGAGGAUGAGAAGAACGACCAGCCAACCAUUCCUCUGACAGUAAAUAUCAGCAAAGGAGAUGGUUCUACUUUGGAAUUCUGUUGCACUGCAUAUGCUGAUGAACUUGUGAUCGACAGCUUAUGUAUUCGUGGAAAUAAAGUCUCUGAUGAUUUGCUUGCAUACGAAGGCCCUGAUUUCAGUGAUCUUGAUGAAAACCUCCAGAAAGCAUUCCAUAACUAUCUUGAAAUUAGAGGCAUCUCUACUGAGACCACCAAUUUCUUAUACAAAUACUUGAUAAGUAAAGAUGACAGAGAGUACCUAACAUGGCUGCAAAAUGUGAAGUAUUUUCUUGAGAAGCAAUGAGUGUUGGAAGUUUACAAGCAAACUUUUGUCCUGUUCUGACUUCUGAAAUAAGACUAUUCUUUUGUCCUGUGAGACUAUUCAGUUUGUAACAUUUUUAACUCCUUCCAGAUUGGAGGAUAUAGACUUGAUUGGUCCAAACAUUUUUGUCUUUUGUUUUCUGAAUUGUAUCGCUAUAUGAUAUUUUAAGCUUAAUAACAUACUGAACAUUGAUGAUUUUAUCA